AUGGACCGUGCCUCCUUCUUAGCUCAAGUACGCGUCGGAAACGGCGUUUAUGUUGGCGUUGGCACCACACUGGAGUGCUGCAACAUUGGAGACGGAGUGUAUCUUGGACCGGGUGUGUCGGUUGCACUUGGCGCGGUUGUUGAAAAUGGCGCCACUGUUGCGGCGGGAUCACACGUGCCGAAGGACACACGUAUCCACGCCUGGGAAUUGUGGCCGGGAAACCCGGCCCAGAAGAUAGCGGAGGUUCGCCAAGAACAGGCGAGCGAGGUGGCACACAUUGUACACGAACAGGUGAAAGUGGCUAAGGAGCACGUUCGGGCGAUACACGACCAUAUGCACCACACAGAGUAG